GUUAAGAGGAUGUCCCAGCAGCGGGUGCUUCCGCAGAGCAAGGAGACUCUCCUGCAGUCUUACAACAAGAGGUUAAAAGAUGACGUAAAGUCUAUCAUGGACAACUUCACGGAGAUCAUCAAAACGGCCCGGAUUGAAGAUGAAAAUCAGGUCUCUCGCUCAACGCAGGGUGAACAAGAUAACUACGAGAUGCACGUCCGGGCGGCCAAUAUAGUGCGAGCAGGGGAGUCCCUCAUGAAGCUGGUGUCUGACCUAAAGCAGUUCCUCAUCUUGAACGAUUUCCCCUCCGUGAACGAAGCCAUCAACCAGCGCAACCAGCAGCUUCGAGCGCUCCAGGACGAAUGCGACAAGAAGCUGAUCUCCCUGCGGGACGAGAUCGCUAUAGAUCUCUAUGAACUCGAAGAGGAAUAUUACUCCUCCAGCUACAGUGUGUGUGAUUCAAGCGACCUGCCCCUCUCUGAAGCCUACUGGAACCGAGAAAGCACGACUUCUUCUCCAGAAGACAUCUCCGAGUCGCUGGUCCCCAUGUCGACCGAAGCGGGUGCCAACCCAAGCCAGAUCCAUACAUCUCCUCACCUUAAUGGCCAUGGAGCCGCCAUGCCAGAACACACCUAAAGAAGCCCGACUCCAGUUACACCAUGACGUUCCUCCUUACUGCCUGUUCUAUUGGGAUGGAGUCACCAUUGGUCAGGUCCAAGCUAGGGUAGGGUUUCCUACAAUACAAAGGGAAUAAGACUGUCACACAACAGUGGUUCUGGAAUACAAAUGGAAGGUCUAAUGACAUCAUAACGUGUAUACAAUAUGGGGGUUUCUCCCCCUCUUGUUUCUCUGUGACUACAGCCAUACCUUGUACCCAAAGUGCAUGUAAUCAUGAAAGAGAGACAGACGGCAUGCUGGCAAAUAUGUUCUAAAGACAAGAGACAUAACGUUACUGUACACUAAAUAGUCGUUGAACUGUUUAGAAAAUAUUUUUAUACUGUAUUUAUCUAAGUAAAGUAUGUUCCAAUCGUUAAGGGUGCGUUAUUGCAUCACAAACGGCUAGUUUUUUUGGGGGGGUUUUGUUAGUGAUUAGUUUUGAUGACGACGUAAUGUACGUAAUAAACUGAAAUAAAGAAUGGGUUUUUUUGUUU